GUUUACGCAAAUGCGUCAAAGUAAAUAUAUAAACACUGCUGUGAUCAUCUGACACAACAAAACAAAUGUUGGACAGAUGUUGCAGCUGCGCCACGUUUCCCAUUUCUUUGACGCUUUAAGCUCAGAAGGAUAUCUCAUUUCGUUUAUUUUUGAUUUUAUUUUAUUAUUGCAGAACUUACAAACAAACAUGGCAACAUAUAAUCCACGUCUCCAGUGUAGAGAUAUAUAGAAAACGCUCCUAAUAAAAAUAUAGUUCUCAUUUCGUUAAAAGCCUGGUGCCUCUCCUCUCCUCGUGUCUCUUCCUCACCUCCUCCUCCUCCUCUCGCAUCUCUGCUGGGAGGGACGACGACGCGAGGAGGUCCAAACUGAGAUGUCAUGGCUGCUCUCAAAGGACGAAGAGGGUAAAACUUGAAACGAGGAACUUUAAAAUGUUCCAGGUGAGGCAGAGCGCGCGCCCUCACCUGCCGGAUCUUUACUUUUCGUGUUGAUCCGUCUGGGAGGUUUGUCGAGAGCUUCGGUGCAGAGAUCAGCAUUUUCAAAGUGUGGUGAUGUUGAUGGAGCCCACUGAACCGGAGGCAUCAUGGACGCCGCGGACUACAGAGACGACCUGAGAGUUUCAGCUGGAAGGAUGAGGUGGUGGAGGGAGGUGGACAUGUGGAGAGAGAGGCAGCAGAGGAAAGAGGAGGAGGAGGAGGUCGGAGAGCUGGUGGAGGUGCUGCUCCGAGGCAAAGCACCCUGGGGCUUCACCCUGAGGGGAGGCACCGAGCACCGAGAGCCUCUGGUCAUCACAAAGGUGGAGGAGGGCAGCAUGGCGGCUGCAGUCUGUCUCCAGGCCGGUGAUGAAAUGGUGAGCGUGAACGCCGUUCCCCUCAGCGGCUCCCGUCAGGAGGCCAUCUGUCUGGUGAAGAGCUCUCAUAAGACCUUGACCCUGGUGGUCCGAAGGAACAUUGCCUUCUGCCAGUGGUUGUUCCAGCCAGCUGAUUUUGGAGAGGGUGACUCUCGAUCCGACAGUCCGUGGAGGCGGGCAUACAAAAAUGCAGAAGUACGGUCUGUAGUUCGAACAACGGCCCUAGAGCCGCGUCAUCUGGUGGACUUUUGCCGGCAAAUGAACGGGGAGCUCUGGGUGCAGGCAACGUGGAGGAAGAAUGAUCCAGGCUCGCGGCCCAAUUCCUGGCACUCAUCCAAGCUGACAGAAGAGGAGUCAGAGCUCGCUAGGAGAGAGGCCACCCCAGCACCAGUCUGGCAGCCAAAACAUGAAGCAAGGCCCAAAGACUCGUCCACUCAAGGGGACCUGGACACCCAGCAUCAGCUAACCAGCCAGUUCAGCUCAGUCAACAACAUGGAGAGACUGGAGCAUCCCUCUCAUCCCUACCCACCAGGUCGUCUUUCCCCACCUAAAUACAUCAGCAACACUGAGCCGCUCUGUGGACCAGGAGGCAAAAGAGAAUCCAGGUUCAGCUGUUUCUCUAGUGGCUCCAGCCCUCCUGUUCAUGACCCCAGCACAUCUGGUAGGAAGGGUACCAACACUGAAAACAUUUUCUUCAAGGGCAUUCAGAGUGAAGGACCUCAGCAGGCCGAGCGGCCCAGGUACCUGCAGCCGACGCUGGGGAACGGAGGCUGGGAGGGGUCACGGGCCGAGGAGCGGCCUGCCUCUCGGGUCUCCGUUGCAGGGAGAUCCAGCAUUGGCCCAGUGUGGCAGGUACCAGAAAAGAAGAAUUCCCAGUCUCCUCCUCCCCCACCUCCUCCCCUGCGCAGUGACAGUUUUGCCGCCACAAAGGUGUUCCCUUACUCUGAAGGGCCUAGUGGUCCAGCCAAGAGCAAAGGCAGGUCACUCGAAAAACCAACAGAAAAUAAUGAUCAGAAUGGCCUCAGAUCUCAGCAGGAGAAAACCUCUGAGGCCAGACAUAGCUUCAACCCUCUGCCCACCAAAGACUUCCUCCAUCCCAACACGGCAGCUGAACACAACCACAACCAGGUGAACCCCAACAAACUCCUCUCCCUGUCCAGCAAUGACGUCAGACAGUCUCAUUCCACUCAACGAGCUGCCCACCAGAGGCAAUACAGUGACGAAAGCCCCCUCUACCUGCAGACCAGGUCAGCUCCCCCCACCAAGAUUCAGAGUGUAGGAAGCUACUAUCGCAGCCUCCAAGAUCUGCCCACAAACCUCUUCAGCCGCAAACAUAUCCGGCACUCCACAGCAUCCAUGGCAAGUUCUGCUGCAAACCCAAACCUUGGAAAUGGGGGGCACAACAGAUACUACGGCCUGGCAAGCAAGCAUUUGGUUCAGACUGCUGAGCUCCAUGCCAGGCAGGGCAAAGCAGAGGGUCGGAGGGGGGAAACAGAGAAACCACACUGGGUAAACAGCAAUGAACCAGGCUGUCCAAGUUCCUUGAAGACAAACAUUAAGGCAAAGUACUCUCUACCUCAGUCCCAGAUGCCUUACAGUGAAAAUAAGGAGCGCAAUGGCCAUUCCCAUCUGGGGAAUGGUCUACAUUAUGACCACCAAACCUCUGAACUUUCCGUUCGAAGCCGCAGCCCAGAGGAUGCUGCAAAGAGAGGUGAAGAACACUCUGACAUGAAAAGACACUUUCCGACACAUCAAAGUAACGAUCAUAAGGUCAGUCUUUCAAGGCACCAAGACCCAUGGGUGCCUCAAGAAGAUCACCGAAUAUCCCCCCUGAAAACCCCACUUCUCCACUCCCUGGCCCAGGAGAGUAGGACUCUGGCUGAGAGGCAACCAGCAGCUAUGACCACGGGUGUCAUGUCCAGCCAGGAUGCUGGUGACCCCAUGGCCGUCAGCAGUGGAAAAUCAAAUCGGCGCAGCGACCGUUAUGCCACCACCCUCCGUAAUGAGAUCCAGCAGAAGCGAGCCCAGCUGCAAAAGAGCCGCAGUGCUGCAACCCUGACAUGCGAUGCCGAGGAUGAGGAGGCAGAGGAGUGGAGAUCCACAAAGACUUCUACGUCUUAUGGUGUCUCCUUCUCCAACACCUACAAGGACCACCUGAAAGAGGCGCAGGCCAGGGUCCUACAGGCUACCUCCUUUCAGAGACGAGACCUUGGGCCAGAGACGCCUGUAGUUAAAACCUCCAAUGAACGCAUUAGAGGACGUAAGCGCUUCCCCCUGGCCAAGAGGACGCACUCCUUCUCAGAGCCUGACAAGAUAGACAAAGUGGGAGUGGAGGGAGACCCUCAAACAGGGUCUUUUGGAGAGCGGAGGAAGUUCUUUGAGGGCAAACCGGCAUUUUCCAGGCCUGUGCUGAAGUCCAGUCAGGAUACAAACUUGAACGCAGACCUUGGUGAGACAGGCAAACCCAAAGAGAGAACUCUCCCAUCCACAGAACCCAACCUCCUCAGCCCUGGGCAUGAACAGGUCUUACUAGAGCAGCAGAGGCUUGGGACCUUCGCUGAGUAUCAGGCCACGUGGAGCAAACAGAAGAAGUCAGAGGCCAAGACGCAAGGGAGGUAUCACUCAGCGGAGGACAUCUUGGAUGCAGAUGCCGAGGAGAAAGCUGUAUGCAUCCACGAGAGAUCCAGAUCUUCUCCCUCUGCAGACUUCUAUACACAGAGUUCAGCAAGGAGGCCCUUUAUCUUUCUUUUGCAGAAUAUUCCUUCACCAUGGAGAGACCCUCACAGCCAGCAGAGCAGUUACCCCACCAGAGGAAAAAUGGAGAGCAGGCUGCGAUACCAGCCCCACCACAGCCCACAGUUGGCCCCAUCAGUCCCCAGAAACGAAGGCCUGGUCCCAGGCCUCACUGACCACAGGACCCAACCAGAUGCUGCCAAUCCCUCCCACACCACACACUCCUCAGGCCCUUGCAGCCUCAAGCCCAACCCUGGCUCCCAUCACCCAUCCCAGCUUCCACAAACCAAGGGCCUCCUGCCGCCGCCCAGGCCCCAUUUAGGCCCAGAAACCACAUCCUCCUCUCAGGAAUUCCUCGCUGGCGCCCAGGCAGCGCUCCAGCCUCUGUCCAGCUCCAGCUCUGACACCCAGCACCAUGCUACUGCCCAGAACUCCUCCGCCGGCUCCGCCCCAGCCAGCUCCCCUCACCUCAGCAGGACGUCCGGAGCAGACAUGAGCAGAGAAGGUGUAGAAAACGAGGAGGAGAAGGAGCAACCGCAGCCACGUUCCUCUUCAUCCCUGUUGACCUCCUGGACGGCCGCUGUGUCUCUUCCCGCAGAUAGAGUGCGGUCUCCCUCGCCACAGUUUGCACCACUGAGACUGACGGACAAGCCGCCGGCCGUGUUCGUGCAGGAUGACUCACCGCUCAGGUCAGAAAAUGAUUUGAAGCUCCCAGCAGAGAUGGAUGUGAACAGCCCGGUGAGGAAAGUCCCCGUGAGGAUCGUCCACGCUGAGAGCAGCUCGGAGCGAGAGGGCAGGGCCUACCUGCCUCAGAGCAGCGAGACCUGCAGCGUCUCUGAACCGCCGCCCCACAUCCCCUCCCUGAGCGCCACGGAGCGCCCGGCCUCGUCCCUGUUCAGCGUCUACACCCGCCAGGCCGCUCACGACCUGGCUCCGGCUCUGGUGUCGGUCCAGGAGUCGGUCCCUGAGUCGAGUUCAGCGGGGGCUCGGCGCUCAGAGGAGGACGCCAAGAGAGAGGAGCUGGCCAGGGACAUCAUGGGUAAAGACAAGUCCCUGGUGGACAUCUUGGACCAGAGUGGCAGGAUGACCACCAUGGACCUGAUGGAAGGACUCUUCCCCACAGAGGAGCAGAUCCUGGAGGGGGCCCUCCAGCGCAGGAGGGCCUCAACCGGCUCCAGGCUGCUCACCUCAUCCCCCAGGAGCAUGGACAGGAGGGAGGAGGAGGACGUGUCCGUGUCAGCAGCAGCCUCCCUGGUGCCCAGCUCCUCCUAUUACAGCACAUCGGCUCCCAAAGCCGAGCUCCUCAUCAAGAUGAAGGACAUGCAGGAGCAGCUGGAGGAGCAGGACUCUGAGGACGAACUGGACGUCGACCUCGCUAGUAAAAAGCAAGAGCUGAUCUCCAGCCUGGCGGGGAAGCUGAAGGUGCUGCGGGAGGCACGGCACAGCCUGCAGGAGGACGUGGAGGACAACGAGGCUCUGGGCCGCGAGGUGGAGGCCACCGUGCAGCGCCUCUGUCAGCCCAACCAGCUCGACAAGUUCCGCAUGUUCGUGGGCGACCUGGACAAGGUGGUGAGCCUGCUGCUGUCGCUGUCGGGGCGGCUCGCCCGGGUGGAGAACGCUCUCAACAGCCUGGAGGAUGAAGCCCCGCCGGAGGAGAAGCGAACCCUGACAGAGAAGCGCAAGCUGCUGAUGCGGCAGCACGAGGAUGCCAAGGAGCUGAAGGAGAACCUGGACCGUCGGGAGCGGCUGGUUUCUGGCAUCAUGGAGGCCCACCUGGACGCAGAGAGCCUGGACGACUACCGCCACUUUGUGAAGAUGAAGUCGGCCCUCAUCAUCGAGCAGCGUAAACUCGAGGAUAAGAUCAAGCUGGGCGAGGAGCAGCUGAAGUGCCUGGUGGACAGCCUGCCGCUGGAGCAGAGGCCGCUGCUCUGAUGCUGUUUCGCAGGAGAAAUACUGGAUCACGAUUGGGGCACCAGGAAGUUGGGGGACUAUUUCUACACUCGAGGCUGCUACAUGUAGCAUUUUAAUAUUAAUGUCAUGGCUGAGAUGAUUUCAAGCCUCCAUUUCAUGCCAGCGAAAUUUAUAUUGUUUCUCAAAAUGAAUACUACAUUUCCCAAGUGGCCCUUUUUGACCAAAUGGUUCUAGGAACUAAAUUAGGAACAAAGAUUAGUCAAUUAGAACGAUAAUUGAUUAAAAAACGAGGCCCAGUUCAGACAAGGACUAGACAAGAACACAGAGACAUUGUGUGGCCAUUUGUAAUCAACUGAUUCACAGCUGUGGUGUUUAAAUGGAUAUUGAACCGAAGACACAGAGACUGAAAGAGCCAGAAGAGCAAGAUGCCUCUUUGCAGGGUGUUUUCUGAUUUAUUUUUCUGCUUUAAUGCGCAUCUGAAUUAAUAAUUGAAUAAACCUUCUUUGCCUAGACUUGCAGGUAAAGUUCCUGAGUUCCUAAAAAGGUUCACGGGUUCCUGGAAAAAGUUACUGUGCUCACGAAACAACAAGUUUUCUCUUUUACCGUGAGGAGGAUAAACAAAGAUGAUUUUAUGUCGACCUUUCAUUCCUUCUGCAGCAGAAACUUUGUUCUGUGAGUGCCCUCUGUCAGUUUUGUGCUGUGAAUCCAGCUGAUUUCAAGUAAAUUUGGUCUAGAGACUCAAUGAUCUAUUAGUUUCCCAAAGUAUCCUCAAGGUAUUUAUGAUUUACUAAUGUUUCAGACAACUCACUGCACCUUUUUAAACUUAUAAUACCUAAGCAUUUAUGUAUGGAGUAUCAAACACAAUCAAUGCUAAUAGUGACCAGCAUUGAAUUUCUCUCAAACUGGUCACUAUCGGAGGCCUUUUUUUAACACCCGUCGCUCCAGGUUGAGCCUUCAUUCUCCAGAAAAGUCAAAUGUUUUAUAGAGUGCAGUGUUUGAUGCUAAAACACUGAUUUUUAGAUAGAAAACUACAAUCAGAAUCAUAUUUUAUUGACAGCUGCAUGUAUUUGCACCUCAACGCCCCCCUAGAGACGAAGAUGGGAAAGUGGAGGGUUUGAAAAUUCACACACAUAAAUACACACAAACCAAAUUAUGUUCUCGACCAUUAUGUAAACACAUGACUUUGGUUGUCUCUUAUCUUACAGUGUUUCCGGUGUCAUUAUUUGUGUGUCUGAAUUGUAUUUAAGUUGCAUCAUGAGCUCGCUCCCCUGCAUUGUGUGGCCGGGUUUGUAAUUAAUUAUCAUCACGUGUGUUUUAAGUAUUAAAGUAAUAUUUUCUAGUAAUUUAUUGUAGCCUUUUUGAAAACCUCCAUGGAGAAAGGGGAAAUGUUUCCCCAGUAAUUUAUUUUGACUACUUUUUGUUUUCUAAUGAAAUGAAGAGUUUGAUUCCAAAAUGCUAUAAAUCUGUUUUAGGUUAUAAUCCAGUUUUUAAAAGUGUUAAUAUCAUGGUUGACAAGAUGAUUAAGUUAUCUUUCCUGCUUUUACAACAAACCCUCUCUUCCUUUGUGUAGUGUAUUAUUCUAUAAGGGUAGAUGUCACUUUUCCAUAAUAUCUCAUUAUGGAGUGAAACUCUUUCAUUUAUGCUAGAAAAGAGGUGAAUCUGAUCAUUUUAUUCUCAUAAAGACGAUGCUGACUUGUUCCAGCAGUACAGACGUUGCUCCUACUUGCUUUCUAUACAAUAAUACACUGCUAGUAUUCCCUGGAUGGUUUUGUUGCCUGUAACCUCACAGGUUUUCAUUCACACUUGGUGCUUUUAGCUGAAGCUCCCAUCUAAAAACUACGGGACAGUCUCAUUACCAUUGGACUCCUGACAGAUGUACCUUUUCUACAGCUGAAGUUUCUGAGGAGGUUAAUCCAAAAGUUAGCACUUUACUAUCUGCUUUGGCCCAUUCAGGGGACUCUCUACAUAUAUAUUUGAAGACGUGCCUACUGUAGCCUCCCACCACUGUGAACUUCAUGGACCGACGUGGGCGUGCCCCUGGGUACUGUGUACGGCCCACGCACACUUCAUGUAUGCAGUGCACUCUUUCACCCACUUUCAAAGCAAUAAAAUGAUAAAGCUGA